AUGUCAGAUGACGAUGGUGACGAUGGUAUUACAACGCCCCCAGUCAAGGACGCGUCCCAUCAAAACAGAAGUGCUAGAGCGUCCGUCGCAUCACCGUCGCCCCUUCGGUAUUCAUCCGCCCCUCCCAGAUAUUCUAGCGUCUUUGGCGUUUCAGCCCAGCAAGUCACGACAGAAGGAGUUUCACACACCGAACGCACAUACAAUAUAUGUAGCGGGUUGAAGAACAAGCCGUGGGUUACCUUCCGUGUGUUGAGCCAACCGUCCCUAGGGGCUUCGUCAAGGCAUCAGGACUUCCCCCGCUUCUCGAGCGGCGACAUGGUUGCGGGCCUGAUCGAGUUAACACUGGAUAGCCCCCAGACUAUAAACUCAAUUACUGUCUCCCUUCAUGGACGCGUCAUAAAAGGUUACCUUGCCGAAGGAACUGACACAUUUCUUGACCACCACGUUAGCAUUUGGACACGCGCCGAUGGGGAUCCCCAUUUCCGAGACCAAGCCUCUACGAAAAAGUUCAAUGGGAGACUCAAUGGGGCGUACCAAUUCCCAUUUGCUUUCCCAUUUCCCACCCUUGUCGAUAUAUCAACUUCUACUGCAUUCCCUCCACCAUUCCAAGAUCCUGUUGGCACAUCGUCCAACUCGAGCCCUUCGGAUGCUACACUUUCUCCGACAAGGUCAAGGUCGCUUCUAUAUGCCACCACACCACCUACUUCUCGUUUCCGUUCACAAAGUAUACCUGCGAAUGCCACUUUUUUUUCAGGUUCGAAAAAAGCCCAAUCUACGCAGGUCAGCAAUGACACCAACACCGAUGAUGCGUCAACGGCGUAUAUUUCCAUGAGAGGCGCUGGGCAACUAAAGAAUUCCUUGAACAAGGACAGACGGAGAAAUCAAGGUAGCUUCUUCUCUAUGCCAAGCUCCCCACAAGAGUCAGACUCGAAAGCAAGGUUAAAACGAGCAGUAGAAGAACAGGACAGAAUUCUGGCACAAAUUGAAGGCAUCAUUUCAAACCGCUUGCCAGUUCAUGUAUAUCCUACCCCUCAAACUUUUUUGGAGCGCGGAAUCCGUGCGAACGUGCAAUAUGAACUAAGCUUACAUAUUGCGUAUGGGAUGUUGCGCCCAGCUAGCAAAUUGAAGACGGCGGUUGUCUAUACACCUUCCAUUAUCCCUCCCCUAGCUUCAGUUGCUCGCCAGCAAGCCUAUAUUCAAGGUUCUUCGCUUCCUGAACCAGCGGCAGAUCCAGAUGGGUGGCAAACUCUGCCCAAAGUCAUGGUUUAUGGAAAGCUUCCACGCCGGCCUGAGGUAGAAGUGGAAUGUACACUUUCACUUGCCAAACCACUCUGUUAUACCCGUGGCACCGUCAUUCCUUGCUACUUGACCCUCGAAUGCUUAGACGUUCAUGCCCUGGACCUUCUCUCGACGCUCAAAUCUCCCAUCGUCCGGCUCACACGGCGGGUACGUUAUACCCCGGGUGCUUCAUCGACCACUGACGCCGUCCUAAAUGAACCAUCAUCUCCCUUCGGCACACUUAGCGGUGAUCCCUUUGCGUCGCCCACCAAGUCCUAUCCCGGAGGCAUGCCUUUCUUCAACGGCAAACGUGGGGACAUGAUAGAGGAAAUAGACGAAGUCGAGUUGGCGGUUUGGUGGGUCCCAGCAAAUGGUGCUACCCAGGAAAUGUAUCUGAGGAAAUUGGAGGGCGAGAUACAUCUCGCCAAGGACUUACAGCCGACAUGCAGGUUUCUUCCGUUUAGCGUCGAGGUAUGUCUGUGCUUCAUUGACGGGCAAAAGCACUUGAAUGCUGAAUUUGCCCGCUUUUUACCAGUAUGCCGUUGA